ACGCUGGGACUGCACCGGGCUGGAGCUCGAGGUCGCCGCUUGCCGCGGAGUCUUCUCCUUGCCCCACCCCUCCUCCAGCACCGAAGGCUCAGGAACACAGGGGGGCCCACUGUUCAGAGCGAGCUGCUUUCCGCGGCCACUCAGCUAUCUAACUUCGGAGCCUGCAUCCGCUUCUCCUCCCAGGUCUGCCAGGAGUCACAGAGGUAGGGACUUCAGAGUCCCGCGGUGGUCCGGUCCUUUCCCGUCUCCUUAUCUGUGCAAUCCUGUGUGGAGGCUGGGGGCAGCUGCUGGGACCCGCCGUCCUGCUCAGCUCAGCUCUCCUGGGGAACAUCACACUGGAGAGCCAAAAGGCGUGGAAGAGCCUAUCUUGGAGAUUUUCCCGGGGAAACCCCGAGGCCAUUCAUUAUGAUGUGUACUGCACGGGAGUGGCUCCGAGUGACCACACUGCUCUUCGUGGCUAGAGCGGUUCCAGCUAUGGUGGUUCCUAACGCCACUUUGUUGGAGAAACUUUUGGAAAAGUACAUGGAUGAGGACGGUGAAUGGUGGACAGCCAAGCAAAGAGGGAAAAGAGCCAUCACGGACAACGACAUGCAGAGCAUCUUGGAUCUCCAUAAUAAACUGCGGAGUCAGGUGUAUCCAACCGCCUCUAAUAUGGAGUAUAUGACGUGGGAUGUGGAGCUGGAAAGAUCUGCAGAAUCCUGGGCUGAAACAUGUUUGUGGGAACAUGGACCGGCAAGCCUGCUGCCCUCCAUUGGACAGAAUUUGGGAGCACAUUGGGGAAGGUAUCGACCCCCAACAUUCCAUGUGCAAGCGUGGUAUGAUGAAGUGAGAGACUUCAGCUACCCAUAUGAACACGAGUGCAACCCGUAUUGUCCUUUCAGAUGCUCUGGCCCCGUGUGCACACACUACACUCAGGUGGUGUGGGCCACUAGCAGCAGGAUAGGCUGUGCCAUCAAUCUGUGCCACAACAUGAACAUCUGGGGACAGAUAUGGCCCAAGGCCGUCUACUUGGUGUGCAAUUACUCUCCCAAGGGAAACUGGUGGGGCCACGCCCCUUACAAACAUGGCCGACCUUGCUCUGCUUGCCCACCCAGUUUCGGAGGAGGCUGUAGAGAAAACUUGUGCUACAAAGAAGGGUCAGACAGGUAUUACACGCCUCGCGAAGAAGAAACCAAUGAAAUUGAACGGCAACAGGCUCAGGUCCAUGACACGCACGUUCGGACGAGAUCAGAUGAUAGUAACAGAAAUGAAGUCAUCAGCACACAGCAGAUGUCUCAGAUUGUUUCUUGUGAAGUAAGGUUGCGGGACCAGUGUAAAGGGACCACCUGUAACAGGUACGAGUGCCCGGCAGGCUGCUUGGACAGUAAAGCUAAAGUCAUUGGGAGUGUACACUAUGAUAUGCAAUCCAGUAUCUGUCGAGCUGCCAUCCACUAUGGGAUCAUAGACAAUGAAGGCGGAUGGGUCGAUAUCACUAGGCAAGGAAGAAAGCAUUACUUCAUCAAAUCCAACAGGAAUGGCGUUCAAACAGUUGGCAAAUAUCAUUCUGCUAAUUCCUUCACGGUGUCCAAAGUAACAGUUCAAGCUGUGACUUGUGAGACUACAGUGGAGCAGCUCUGUCCAUUUCAGAAGCCUGCCUCACAUUGCCCAAGAGUGUACUGUCCUCGCAACUGUAUGCAGGCAAACCCACAUUAUGCUCGUGUAAUUGGAUCCAGAGUUUAUUCUGAUCUCUCAAGUAUCUGCAGAGCGGCAGUGCAUGCUGGGGUGGUUCGAAACCACGGCGGUUACGUGGACGUCAUGCCUGUGGACAAGAGAAAGAUGUACACUGCUUCUUUUCAAAAUGGAAUCUUCUCAGAAAGUUUACAGAACCCUACAGGAGGAAAGGCAUUCCGGGUCUUUGCUGUUGUGUGACAGGGAACUCUUGGAAAGGAAUUGGAAAGACUGUGUCACAUGCCACGAUUCUGAGUUUUGUAUAGAACUGUAACUGUACAGAAGAAAGCAAGUAUUGCCAGCCCACCUCUGGAGUGCAAAUGCGUGUCACUCUUGAGAGGCAAAGUCUAUAAAAUAAAACAUGGGACAUUAGCUUUGGGGAAAAUAUUGAACAUUUAACGGUUUUAGAAAUCCUGUGUUGAAUAUUGCUAUAUUUUCUUAGCAGUUAUUACUACAGUUUAUUACAUAGUUGUAAUGUUCUACGUUUCGUAUAUUAUAUUAUAUGGUGCUUUGUAUAUGCCACUAAUAAAGUGACUCCAAACAGUGAAUGUGAACGGCCUUAGAGAAUUAUCUGGUGCAUUGGAAAGCAAACAACCCUAAAACUGAAGGAAACAUUUAAGUCACUCUUUUGCCAGUCCUCUACAUUCUUACCUACUUGAAAUCUCUGUCUUUCCCUUUAAGACUGGGCCGUUUUUCUCUUCUGUUAACUGGUAUUAUGCAGAAUAUUAAGUCCUGAUGUUGCACUUGUUAUUUUGUAUAAAAUAAUCUUUUAAUUUCCAAGUGAAAAUAUUUGGUUCCCCUGGAACGGCCUCGGUUGUAUGUGGGGUAAAGUCCAAGUGUAUUGUUGAGAACACGCCUGGUGAUCAUGUAGUAGCUAGAGGGUAGCGUGGCUGCCUGAGCUUGCUAGCGUUCUUAGGACUGAGUUCACAUGGCUUUCUCUUGUAUCCUGGCAAGUACUCCUGCAGGCCAGGAAGUAUAAUAAAAAGUCUAAUGAGGAUGAACUGAUGUGUUACAUUUUAUUACCACUGGUGUUCAUAGUGGCAAAUGGCUUUGUGUAUAAACCUUCCAAUAGUGUCGUCCUACGGUGGUGAUAUAUUUGUUUCUGUGAAAAUGUACUGUGCUUUGAUAACAUUCUGUAAAAUGUUACUGUUAGUAUGGUUU